GUCAAACUGGACGAAACAACAAGCUUUCGCAUCAAUCAAAUUUGAAAUUCAAAACCUUUUCAAAACCAUUUAUUUCCGUCCCUGAAUGAAAUCACACAAACAAUUACUAUAAUCAUAUAAACAGUUAUUAUCCAAAUUGUAAAUAAGUCAUUGACGUUAAAAAUGACUUCCAUGCAGUCAGAUUCCGAGUCUAACGUGAGUGGUUUUAUAAGUUAUAGCGACAAAAAUUUCAAGUACCUUUACACAUCUAUGAUUGAGAACAUGGAACUUAUAAAUCAAGAUUUGUUACAAAUAGAAAAAAACAUGAAGAACAUUGUGCAGCAGUCCGGGCCACUGGAAAGUCAGUUAAAUGCGUUAUUGCAAACUUUACCAAGACCAAACAUAGCUAUGCCCAUGGAAACAGAGUAAAUUAAAGUGUAAAUUCAAAUAAGCAAUCCAUUUUAGUUGAUAAGUUUAUCUAGAUAAUUCAAAAAUAAUAUAUAAUAAAAAAAACUGUACAAACAUGGUGUGGAUAAAGUGUUUUUUACAAUUAAUGUAAUAUUUUAUGGUCCUUUAAAUUAAGAUAUUACUGGUAAUAUUAAAAUAAAAGAGAUGGAUUUUGUAUUCAGAACAACAUUGCAAUAAAUUAUUAUCGUCCAUAAUAAUGUAUGUAUUGUUAUAUUAUACUGAUAUACUUAUGUUUAGAAAAAUUAAACAUAUUUUUUAUGGAAUUUAUAAGAUAUUGCCAGUUUUCAUGUAUUGUAAGCCUGAAUAUAUAGUCCAUAGUAGGAAAUUAACAUUUUUUUGUUGUCUCUUUAUAUUUACAGUAAAAUUGAUUUAAAAGGAAA